GGUCCCCUUCAAGUUCACCUCCUGAGGCCUGAGCCCCGAUCGGACUUGCGUUUGGCUCCGUCGCGGUCAACUCAUGGCGGUGCGUACUCUUCUUAUGAAUCGAGCAGAUACAGGACUCCGCGCUGACUGAUGCGCCGUAGCCUGACCCUGUGGCAUGCAGUCAUACAAGUCCUCAUACUCGGCUAAAUUCUCCGUCAACGAGCCCAUCUUGGAGCGCUCAGUCAGCACUCGAGCUGCGAGUCACCGCCCGAUGUAGCAGAAACGCUACCGAUCCAGCUCGGGAUGCGAAGAUCCACCGCGCCCGCUCCUGACUGGGCGUUUCACAAGGGUGGAGCUGAUCCCGACGGAUGACUCCAGUUCCAUUAGUGGGUAGCCCUCAAGUACGCGCGUCGAACGGCUAAAAUGUGGGGCAAGGAUUAUAUAUGGGAGUGAGAGCCUUUGUUGAGUACUGACUCCCUCACUUUGAAGAUGCCGGUGCCAGACUUUGUACGAGACUCCUUUGUUGGCCAGGUGAUCUACUACGCGUCUGGUCGACGCCUCUUUAGAUAUCCCGAAGAGAGGCCUGGCUUCGUUCUACCUCCUCGCUACUUGUCGAACUCCAACGAGAAGCCGUCAAGAGACUCACCUGCAUCGCAGCCACGCGACAGACGCGACUCAGCGCUUUCCCAGCGUGGCCCUCGCAGCGGAUCAGACAGGAGCCAAACUCUAGCAGAAGAGCCUUCACAUCGUGACUCUAAGCGGAAACGACCGGCUGGCCCGUUGGAGCGAGAGAGCUCUCAAGCGCGAGAACUCCUCCAUGUGCAUGGUAGAGACGCAGCAGAAAUAGAGAAGGCAGAAGAGCGCGAAAUCGAGAGCUCCACGAUAGUCGACUGGUAUGGCCCAGACGAUCCCGAGUAUCCAGGAAAUUGGUCAUUUCUGAAGCGAUCCUUCGUCACUUUCCAGAUAGGCUGGUUGACGUUUGCGAUCUACAUCGGUUCGGCACUCUAUGCUCCCGGAAUACAGGAUAUAUCGCAAAAAUUCGGCAUAUCGCCCGUCGCAGCCUCUCUUGGUAUUACGAUGUUCAUGAUUCUCUCGCCGCUAAGCGAGAUCCCCCAGUUCGGUCGCUCACCUGUUUACAUGGUCACGAUGCUUAUUUUCGUGUUGCUCCAAAUUCCGACCGCGCUUGCCAAGAACCUCGGUGCCCUCCUCCCAUUGCGCUUCUUCGCAGGCUUCGUCGGUUCGCCACCGCUCGCGACGGGUGGCGCCAGCCUCGCGGACAUGUGGCCUCCGGCUGACCGUGUAGUGGUCAUCGGCGUUUGGAGUCUAGCUGCUAUGUGCGGGCCCGUGCUUGGCCCCACCCUCGGUGGGUUCGCAACGCAGGCCGAGGGCUGGACGUGGACGAUCUGGAUCCUGCUGUGGCUCUCCGGGACAAGUUGGGUGUUUCUUGCGUUGACUAUGCCUGAGACGUCGUCACAAGCGAUCCUAUACCGUCGUGCGGUUCGUCUGCGUCGCCUCACAGGUAACCCGGACCUGAAGACCCAAGCAGAGAUCGAGGCCGCGAAUAUGACGAUGAACGAGGUCGCGAUGAUGACCCUAGUUCGGCCCUUUUUGCUAGGCUUCCGCGAGCCUAUCGUCAUAUUCUGGAAUUUUUACCUCGGCAUGAUAUACGGUAUCUUGUAUUGUUUUAUCGCAUCGUUUGACGUGGUCUUCAUCGAACAUCAUCACUUCAAUCUGGCUCAGAAUGGUCUGGCUUUCCUGGGAAUUGUGGUCGGCGGCGUCAUCGCAUUCUUCGGCUUCUUGCCAUGGGCUUUAUUCUCACUCAAGCCCAAGUUCGCAAACGGAACAUUCGUUCCGGAAGACAGGCUUCCGCCAGCAUUCUUCGGCGCGUUCUUCUUCCCAGCGUCGCUCUUCUGGUUUGGCUGGACUAGCGCGGCUAGCGUACCCUGGAUACUUCCCAUCCUAGCAUCCGGACUAUGGGCGAUAGGCGCAUUCUACCUGUUUCAAGCGGGCAUGAACUAUCUAGCGGACUGCUAUCCGCGCUACGUCGCCUCGGUGCUGGCGAGCAACGACCUCUUCCGGUCCUCGAUCGGCGCGGCCUUCCCGCUGUUCAGUACGGCGUUCUUCCACAACCUUGGCGUCGGCCCCGCGCUGAGCAUCAUCGGCGGCAUCGCCAUCGCAAUGCUGCCUGUGCCUUUCCUCCUGUGAGUCCACUCCC